AUGCUUCGCUCAGUUGAGCAGCUGGGACAUGAGGCGGUGUCCGUGAAAAACCGUCCGUGGCUGAUCACCGACAAUGGAACCGCCGCGCAAGUGCGGGCGUUGUUCGCGCAGCUGGUCGCAGCGAGCCCGGACAACGUCGCCCUGGCGCCUUCCACUUCCUACGCCAUUUCGCAAGCGGCUCACAACAUUUGGAGGUCCGGAAGAGUGCGCGCAGGCGACGUGGUUCUAUUGCUGCAGAAUCAGAUGAGCUCCAACGUCUAUGCAUGGCAGCGUCUCUGUCGCGAGUGUGGAGCCCGCCUGGUGGCCAUCCCAGAGCCGCAGCACGAGGAAGCUGUGGAGCGUCGGCCAAAGCGCCAGAGAACAGAUGCCUCGAUGUCGAUCCUGUCUCCAUGGGACGAGGCUCUAGAGACAGCCAUUCGGCUCCAUGCCCAGCGCUCUCGGAUCGCCGUUCUGGCCGUGCCCCACUUCUUGUGGACGGACGGCUCCGGGCCGAUCAACCUGCACCGGCUGCGAUCGGUGCUGGAUGAAGUUGCGCAGGGUCCUCGAACGGUCUUUGUUGUGGAUGCGACGCAGUCUUUAGGUGUGGUGCCCAUCCAUGCACAGUCUUGGGGCAUCGACUGGUUGGCCUGCUCUGUUCACAAGUGGCUCUUUGGUCCCUAUGGCCUGUCCCUGGUCUACGUGGCGCCUGAAUGGAGCCAGGACCCGGCAACGGAGCCCAUCGUCCAUGAUGAGCACAACCGCCUCGGAGCAGACGGGGACGUUUGCCUGCCAUUUGACCUUGAGAGGCCUGGCUACUCCGAAGACUUUCAGGAAGGUGCCAAGAAGUUCGACGCGGGCGGCCGCGUGAAUCCCAUCUUGAUGCCGAUGGUUGCUGGAGCUUUAAAACAGGUUCUCGAGUGGCACCCAGAUCGCAUUGGCGCCACGCUCGCGGGCCUGACGGCGCGCUGCGCGGAAGGCGCGAUCCGAAUGGGCCUCCAGGUGCCAUCGUCCCACGCCCCGCACUUUCUUGGAGUCGGCCCGAGUGCAGAGGAUGUCGACCGUGAGUUGCAUGAGAGCGGGGCAACUGCACGGGGCCGAUCCGAAGCAGCUGAGAGGUGGGCUGAUGCCGCUGCCGCCUAUCUAAAGCAGCACCGCAUUCACGUGUCCUCUCGGGCGGGAGUUCUACGCGUAGCGCCACAUGUUUACAACACGUCCCGUGACAUUGACGAAUUCCUGCGCGUGCUGGCUUCUUUCAGGCAUCGCCGCUCCAGCAGAUGA